ACUGCAUAUGUAAAGCCCUACUUCAUAUUAAUAAGCUCCAAUCGGGGCUUUAAGUCCUUGAUUAGGAGAGUGUGAGAGCUUUGGUCCCAACUGGCUGUGCCUAUAGGCUUGUCACUAGGAGAACAUUUGUGUUAAUUGCACUGUGCUUUGUCAAGGAAACUUUGAUUUAUAGCUGGGGGUGCACAAAUAAUGGUUGCCGGUCGCACAUGGAUUCGGUAGAACUUUGCCUUCCUGAAUCUUUUUCCCUGCACUACGAGGAAGAGCUUCUCUGCAGAAUGUCAAACAAAGAUCGACACAUUGAUUCCAGCUGUUCGUCCUUCAUCAAGACGGAACCCUCCAGCCCGGCCUCCCUGACGGACAGCGUCAACCACCACAGCCCAGGUGGCUCCUCAGACGCCAGCGGGAGCUACAGUUCAACCAUGAAUGGCCAUCAGAACGGACUUGACUCGCCACCUCUCUACCCUUCUGCUCCUAUCCUAGGAGGUAGUGGGCCGGUCAGAAAACUGUAUGACGACUGCUCCAGCACCAUUGUUGAAGAUCCCCAGACCAAGUGUGAAUACAUGCUCAACUCGAUGCCCAAGAGACUGUGUUUAGUGUGUGGUGACAUUGCUUCUGGGUACCACUACGGGGUGGCAUCAUGUGAAGCCUGCAAGGCAUUCUUCAAGAGGACGAUUCAAGGUAAUAUAGAAUAUAGCUGCCCCGCCACGAAUGAAUGUGAAAUCACAAAGCGCAGACGUAAAUCCUGCCAGGCUUGCCGCUUCAUGAAGUGUUUAAAAGUGGGCAUGCUGAAAGAAGGGGUGCGCCUUGACAGAGUACGUGGAGGUCGGCAGAAGUACAAGCGCAGAAUAGAUGCGGAGAACAGCCCCUACCUGAACCCUCAGCUGGUUCAGCCAGCCAAAAAGCCAUAUAACAAGAUUGUCUCACAUUUGUUGGUGGCCGAACCGGAGAAGAUCUAUGCCAUGCCUGACCCUACGGUCCCUGACAGUGACAUCAAAGCCCUCACUACACUGUGUGACUUGGCUGACCGAGAGUUGGUGGUUAUCAUUGGAUGGGCGAAGCAUAUUCCAGGCUUCUCCACGCUGUCCCUGGCGGACCAGAUGAGCCUUCUGCAGAGUGCUUGGAUGGAAAUUUUGAUCCUUGGUGUCGUAUACCGAUCUCUUUCAUUUGAGGAUGAACUUGUCUAUGCAGAUGAUUAUAUAAUGGAUGAAGACCAGUCCAAAUUAGCAGGCCUUCUUGACCUAAAUAAUGCUAUCCUGCAGCUGGUAAAGAAAUACAAGAGCAUGAAGCUGGAGAAAGAAGAAUUUGUCACCCUCAAAGCGAUAGCUCUUGCUAAUUCAGACUCCAUGCACAUAGAAGACGUCGAAGCUGUUCAGAAGCUUCAGGAUGUGUUACACGAGGCCCUGCAGGAUUAUGAGGCCGGCCAGCACGUGGAGGACCCGCGCAGGGCCGGCAAGAUGCUGAUGACCCUGCCGCUCCUGAGGCAGACCUCCACCAAGGCCGUGCAGCACUUCUACAACAUCAAACUAGAAGGCAAAGUCCCCAUGCACAAACUGUUUUUGGAAAUGCUGGAGGCCAAGGUCUGACUAAAAGCUUCCUGGGCCUUCCUAUUCUGCACGCCGAAAAAGGGAAAAUAAACCCAAGAGUGAUGUCGAAGAAACUUAGAGUUUAGUUAACAACAUCAAAAAUCAACGGACUGCACUGAUAAUUUAGCAGCAAGACUAUGAAGCAGCUUUCAGAUUCCUCCGUAUCUUCCCAAUGAGUUUCUUUCUACCUUAUCUCCUCUCCUUUCUCCCUUUCAUCUCUCAUUUCUUUUGCUCUUUUUUUUCUCCUUCCCUUAUUCCUCCUUUCCCUCAUCUCUUAGCUUUCUUCAUUACUGAUUCCCGCUUGCCUUCAUUUCCUUCCUUCUGUCCUUCCUUCCUCCUCCUCCUCUCUUUUCCUCUCUUCCUUCCUCCUUCUCCUUCUCUUUUCUCAUCCUUCCCCUUUCUCCCAAAUUUCACAUAUGUCUAGUUGUAAGGAAAUUGUCCCUUUCCUUUCCUUUCCUUUCCUUUCCUUUCCUUUCCUUUCCUUUCCUUUCCUUUCCUUUCCCUUCCUUUCCUUUCCUUUCCCUUCCUUCCUUCCUUCCUUCCUUCCUUCCUUCCUUCCUUCCUUCCUUCCUUCCUUCCGCUGCUGAACUUCUAAAAGAGGUCUCUAACUGAAGAGAGAUGGAAGGCAGCCCUGCCAAAGGAUGGAAAUCCAUAAUAUGGAUGCCAGUGAGCUUGUUGUGAACCAUAACGUCCCCAGUGACUAAGGAAUCAAAGAGAGAGAACCAACGUACCUAAAAGUACAGUGCAACACAAACAAAUUGACUGAGUGCAGUAUUAGCUUUCACGGGAGCAGCCUCUAAUUAGACAACUUAAGCGACGUUGCAUCGGCUGCUUCUUAUCAUUGCUUUUCCAUCUAGAUCAGUUACAGCCAUUUGAUUCCUUAAUUGUUUUUUCAAGUCUUCCAGGUAUUUGUUAGUUUAGCUACUAUGUAACUUUUUCAGGGAAUAGUUUAAGCUUUAUUCAUUCAUGCAAUACUAAAGAGAAAUAAGAAUACUGCAAUUUUGUGCUGGCUUUGAACAAUUAUGAACAAUAAUGAAGGACAAAUGAAUCCUGAAGGAAGAUUUUUAAAAAUGUUUUGUUUCUUCUUACAAAUGGAGAUUUUUUUGUACCAGCUUUACCACUUUUCAGCCAUUUAUUAAUAUGGGAAUUUAACUUACUCAAGCAAUAGUUGAAGGGAAGGUGCAUAUUAUCACGGAUGCAAUUUAUGUUGUGUGCCAGUCUGGUCCCAAACAUCAGUUUCUUAACACGAGCGCCAGUUUACCUAAAUGUUCACUGACACAAAGGAUUAGAUUACACCUACAGUGACUCCAAGCAGUCACGUAUCUUACGCACUGCACAUGGAGAACAGAUCCGUAGAAUUAUCAGGAGUGCGCCUCUCUACCCGGGAGGUACAGUUGCCAUACGAUUUCUAGCUGCCAUGGUGGUUAGGAAUGAGAUACUGCCUGUUUGCAAAGUUACAGACCUUGUCUCAGAAGGAGCUGUGAGCCAGUAUUCACUUAAGAGGCAAUAAGGCAAAUGCCAGAAAUUGAGGAAAAAAAAAAAAUCAUCAAAGACAGCAGACGCCUGACCAAAUUCUAAAACCUAAUCUUUAUGAGUUUAUUCAUUUAGGAAUGUUUGUUUAAAUUAAUCUGCAGUUUUUACCAAGAGCUAAGCCAAUAUAUGUGCUUUUCAACCAGUAUUGUCACAGCAAGAAAGUCAGUCAGGUUCCAGACUGUUAAGAGGUGUAAUCUAAUGAAGAAAUCAAUUAGAUGCCCCCGAAAUCUACAGUCGCUGAAUAACCAAUAAACAGUAACCUCCAUCAAAUGCUAUACCAAUGGACCAGUGUUAGUAGCUGCUCCCUGUACUAUGUGAACAGUCUUAUUCUAUGUACACAGAUGUAAUUAAAAUUGUAAUCCUAACAAACAAAAGAAAUGUAGUUCAGCUUUUCAAUGUUUCAUGUUUGCUGUGCUUUUCUGAACUUUAUGUUGCAUUCGGAGACUGUCGUCUUGUUCUUCUUGUGGUGUUUGGAUUCUUGUGGUGUGUGCUUUUAGACACAGGGUAGAAUUAGAGACAAUAUUGGAUGUACAAUUCCUCAGGAGACUACAGUAGUAUAUUCUAUUCCUUACCAGUAAUAAGGUUCUUCCUAAUAAUAAUUAAGAGAUUGAAACUCCAAACAAGUACUCACUAUGAACAGAUACACAUCAAAAUCAUAAUAAUAUUUUCAAAACAAGGAAUAAUUUCUCUAAUGGUUUAUUAUAGAAUACCAAUGUAUAGCUUAGAAAUUAAAACUUUGACUAUUUCAAGAAUAUAGAUAAGUCUAAUUUUUAAAUGCUGUAUAUAUGGCUUUCACUCCAUCAUCUCUCAGAUGUUGUUAUUAACUAGCUCUGUGUUGUUGCAAAACUUUUUGGUGCGGACACGUUUCCAAAACUAUUGCUACUUUGUGUGCUUUAAACAAAAUACCUUGGGUUGAUGUUUCAUCAGCCUAGUGCUAGGAAUACUGUGUAUCUAUCAUUAGCUAUAUGGGACUAUAUCGUAGAUUGUGGUUUCUCAGUAGAGAAGUGACUGUAGUGUGACUCUAGAUAAAUCAUCAUUAGCAAUUCAUUCAGAUGGUCAAUAACUUGAAAUUUAUAGCUGUGAUAGGAGUUCAGAAAUUGGCACAUCCCUUUAAAAAUAACAACACAAAAUACAACUCCUGGGAACAAAAAGGUGCUGAUUCUAUAAGAUUAUUUAUAUAUGUAAGUAUUUAAAAAGAUUAUUUUCCAGAAAGUCGGUGCAGGGUUUAAGUUGCUACUAUUCAACCACACUAUAUAGAAGUAAAAUAUAUGCGAUGUAUACGUUGUUUUCACUGUAUCACAUUAAAGUACUUGGGCUUCAGAAGUCAGAGCCAACCAACUGAAAACAGGAGCUGGAGAUGUGCGAAAGGAAUGAGGUACAAAUCUUAGUUUUCAGUUUAAGUGACUCUUGGCGUUUCCAAGAACAAGCAUCUCACAUGUAGGAGACACGACUUUAAAAGGCAGAUCUAAAAGAACUGCGCGGGCUUUGGGGUCAAUGCUCAUCUUAAACCUUGCUCGAGGUAAGUUUGUUUCAAGUUUCAAGCAAGGCCAUUUACUUAAUGUGAAGUUUUGGAAAGGUAUAAAAGAGUAUGUUUUCACCAUAUGAUUUGAACUUUCAUUUCGCUUCUUUUAGGUUUGUUCUUAUUUAAAGCAAUAUGAUUGUGUGGCUACCUGUAGUUACACUUGUGUUUCAAUCAGAUCAGAUUGUUGUAUUUAUUCCACUAUUUUGCAUUUAAAUGAUAACAUAAAAGAUAUGAAAUAUUUAAAACUGCUAUUUUUCUUAUAGAAGAGAAAAUGGGUGUUGGUGAUUGUAUUUUAAUUAUUUAAGCGUCUCUGUUUACCUGCCUAGGAAAACAUUUUAUGGCAGUCUUAUGUGCAAAGAUCGUAAAAGGACAAAAAAUUUAAACUGCUUAUCAUAAUCCAGGAGUUGCAUUAUAGCCAGUAGUAAAAAGAAUAAUAAUAAUAAUAAAACCAUGUCUAUAGCUGUAGAUGGGCUUCACAUCUGUAAAGCAAUCAAUUGUAUAUUUUUGUGAUGUGUACCAUACUGUGUGCUCCAGCAAAUGUCCAUUUGUGUAAAUGUAUUUAUUUUAUAUUGUAUAUAUUGUUAAAUGCAAAAAGGAGAUAUGAUUCUGUAACUCCAAUCAGUUCAGAUGUGUAACUCAAAUUAUUAUGCCUUUCAGGAUGACGGUAGAGCAAUAUUAAACAAGCUUCCACUUUUGAUUGCUCUUUGUAUUGUGUUUCUUUUUUGUUCCCCCCACCAAAGAGCCAAAUCA